UUCACCGAUACACCUCUCUCACACAUUUCACGUUGAAACUUUGAUGGCACGAAGACCGCCGACGGCGUUUUAGAGCAGGCUAGCCUGCUAGCAGUGUGUUAGCGCUGGUGGCUAACGUGUUUCUUGUGUUGUCUCUGAACAGAAGGGGCCAUAAAGAUGACUACAGCUGCCAGACCCACGUUUGAGCCGGCCAGGGGGGGCCGGGGGAAGGGCGAGGGCGACCUGAGCGCCCUGUCCAAGCAGUACUCCAGCAGAGACCUGCCGGGACACACCAAGAUCAAGUACAGGCAACCUACCCAGGAUGCCCCCGAGGAGGUGCGUGCCCGUGACUUCCGCAGGGAGCUGGAGGAGAGGGAGCGUGUAGCUGCUCGUGAUAAGACCAGGGAGAGGGGACCCAGAGAGCACACCACGUCAUCCUCAUCUUCUUCUUCAAAGAGGCCCAGGCUUGAUCAAAUUCCAGCAGCCAACCUUGAUGCUGAUGACCCUCUCACUGAUGAUGAUGAGGAUGAGGACUCCGAGGAGGACAGUGAUGACGACGACACUGCAGCUCUGCUUGCUGAACUUGAGAAGAUUAAGAAAGAGCGGGCUGAAGAGCAAGAGCGCAAAGAGCGAGAGCAAAAGGCGGAGGAGGAGAGGAUUCGAAUGGAAAACAUCUUGAGUGGUAACCCGUUGAUUAAUUUGGCGGGGCAGCAACAACAACAACAGCAGCAGCAGCAGCAGCAGCAGACCCAGACCCAGACUGCAUUUAGAGUCAAGAGAAGGUGGGACGACGAUGUUGUGUUCAAAAACUGCGCCAAGGGAGUAGACGAGGCUCGGAAGGAGAAACGAUUCGUCAACGACACGCUGCGCUCGGAGUUCCACAAGAAAUUUAUGGAAAAAUAUGUAAAGUAAAAGACUUGUGUUUGUUUUAUAUUUUGUUUUGUUGUCCAUGUUUUGUUUUUUUUUCUAGUAUUUGGUUUGCCCUCUGACCCACGUGUGGCAAAUGACUUUAUAUCCAUUCAAAUUUUUUAGAAAUUGUACAGACGACGGGUUCAUUUCGGUGUAUAAAUGAUUAAAGAGUUUCAUCUUUUUGAUUUAAAGUUUGAAUUCAGUUCAUUUUUAAAUGUGAUUCAACAUUAUUUCAUCUUUAAUUUCAAUAAACACUGACGGGCUCACAGAGA